GACCGCUUUGGAGAGCAGUCUUUAUUAAACCCGUGCGUGUGGUUUCUGUGUGUUUUUCACUUUAACAACUUGAGUCCUCAGAGCGGGAAGUUUGAACAGUUAGCCUCAGUUAGCCGCGAUGCUAACUGUCACUAAAAUAUAAAACUUCAAAGUUUUGAAAAAGGGAAUGUUGUCUUCAAACCCGGGGCGAGGCCAGCCGCUGUCCGCCUCACUCUGCUCGGACCCUGGGGACGUGCUAAUCCGAUCCACCAGAGCCAAUCUCCGUGUUCAGAGACACGAGGCAGUGCCGCUCCAGAACACCGACCCCUCUGCGGCCCCGAGGCCGGGCAGAGCACCUCCUCUGCCGGCUGAUGAUGAACUGCAGACGAUCCAAUUGCCUGCUGGAAGCCGAGGGGCGGGGCUAGAGGCGCUCAGACAAAGGUGUCAGAGCGCCCCCCAAAGGAAACAGGUCAGAGUCACGCUGCUGGAUGCACCACGGCAGAGCGCUGAAGAACAGGACCACAGCCUCCACAGUGUAUCAGGCCUGGAAUCACCCUCCAACAAUCCCCCAGGAGUAAACCAGUUGGACAUGAAGAAAGUUACAGAGCUCACAGAGUCAGUCCAGAAACUACUGCAGCAAUACAGGGGCCAGAGUGUGAGGGAGGAGGCUCUUCACGGAAUGGAGACUGUACAGCAGCAGCAGCUCUUUCUGCAGAACCAGUUAUUGGACUCCGCUCUGAAGAUAGCCCUGAGAACUCAGGCUCUGCCCACAGCACACCUGAGCUCAGAGCCCAGAGCCGCUGAGAUGUUACCUGCCACUGUGGCUCCUUCUUGCUGCUGUGAGCGAGCUACAGAGAGUUUGCCUGCAGAGUCGGCCUCAUUGACAGCCAAUCAGGUCCUGCGGGAGGUGGGACUUCUGAGGAGUGAGAUGAAGGCGCUUUUAACGCAGCGAGAAGAACCAAAAAAAUCCCCUGAAACUGAACCAAGGCCAUCUCCUUCCAAAGAAAACCGACCCAGAACCCAAAAGAAUCAAUCCCCCAGAAUCCUCCAUCGGCCCGGUCUGAGCGCGCUCAGUAGAUGUCACCCCACGAGGAACCAGGCGAAAACUACAACUCAAUCCCAGCCAAAAAGUGUGAAAGAAUCUCAAAUUCAGGCCACAAUAUCAGAGCCACAGAGAAGCAAUGUAGAGAACCAUGAGGGCUACAUCCAGUAUUUAGAAGAGCGGAUCCGAUCUCAUCAGGAACAUCUGAGGAACCAAAACAACCAAACCAGAACUCGAGAGGAGGAGGAGGAGGAGGAGAGGGAUGAGGCUCAGCCACAUCACUCACAAAACAGGACCAAAAGACACCAAGAAUCACAAAAGAGCCAAGUGGAGCAGCGCAACAGAGGGACUCAGACCAACACUCAAAAUGGCCGACAGCACAGACAGAAUGGUGGCUCCUCGAAACAGGGCCUGAGCAGCCCGGACUGUGGUCGGGUUUUAGGGGGACUGCAGGGUCUAGAGGUAUGUGGGGCGGAACCGCAGAGUCUAGGGGGAUCUGGGGCGGGACUACAGAGGGUCUUGGGUCCGCAGAGUUCUAUUUCAGUUCUGCACGAGGCCAGGCUGGUCCUGAAGAAUGUCCAGAGGCAGAGGAAAGUUCUGGAGGAGAAUCUGGAGUCUCAGUUCAGAGCCAGAACCGGAGAUCUACUGCACUGUCACCUCAACGCCCUUGCACAGAACAGAGACUGUUCUGAUGAGAUCCGCAUCAAGAAAACUGUGGACUCUUUGAUCAGUACCUUGUCCCAAGAGAUCCAGGUUGAGGUCCAAAAGUCUUCAGUCAAACCGGACUCUGCUAGAACCAAGGUCUUAGCCAAUAGAAACACAGCAAACAGAAGAAAGCCCGCCUCCUUAGGCAGAGUGAGGCCACAGAGCACGCUCAGAACAACCCCUACAAAACCCACCAGAACCAGCACCAAACCGCCCUCAGACCUGUCCGCAGACCCGGAGCUGUACUUGCGCCGUCUUUACGGUAAAGCAGCUUACGAGAGGCAGAGGCGGAGUCUGAAGCGGAGCCCCUAUCUGCGCCUGAACUCACCCGUCUCCCCUAGCUCUGCCCCCUGGUACAACAGGCCGCGCCCCCGAAUUGUGGAGAGCGUCAGAGGAGUAAAGCUCAAGUCCUGCAAGACUCAGACCAGUCCUGAGCCUGGUUUAGACCCUGGUCUUGGUCUUGGUCUUGGUCUCGGUCUUGGUCCUGGUCCUGGUCCGGUUCAGUCUGGGUCCAGUUUCCCACUCACAGCCAUCCCUCUGAGAAGACCCAGGAUAGACUCCUCCCAUAGAGCCCCCGGGGGAAGUGACGUCCCUGUCCAGAGCCUGCCCUCUGCUGGAAGUGACAUUACGCAUCAAAGUGUCGAAACCUCAGGAGACGCAGUGAGAGAGGAUGAGCAAGAGGCAGAGGCCUCAGAAGCUGCAGUGCCUCUGGUGGUGAACAUCCUCCAGUCCGCCCCUGUCCAAGAGGAGCAGGAAGAGGUGGAGUUUCCCGGGACACACUUCUUGUCUGUGGCGGACAUGGAACAGGCUCCUGAUGCUUCUGAGGAGGUUCUGCAGCUGGAGGGAGGGCCUGGUCCAGACCCGGUGCAGUACCAGGGUCCACUGUUCCCUCCACAGCCCCCUCCCUCCGCUCUGGCCUCUGCCCAGGGACAGAGCCUCGAUCUGGGCCUGAGCAUCCACCGAGAGGCCCUGGAGGAGCGGCUGGUGCAGUGGGUGGAGCAGCAGCUCAUGUCAAGGUUCAUCUGUGAGAUGUCCCGUCCUCCUCCCACUGACCCUACCCGCACAUGUUACGACUACCAAUCAGAGCCAGAGGAGAGGCCUGAGCCCGCCCACAGACUGUCUCCCAUCCAAUCAGAGCACAACAUUGCGUCUGACCUCAAUCAUGGAGACUCUAGUCUACAGCUUCAGGUGGAGUCUGGACUAAACCUGGACUCCGACCAGGUUCGGGGGUUGGUCUUGGAGGUCUUGACUGAGAUUGUGGCUCUGUUCCUGGGGUCCAGAGAGUCCCAGGAACCAGAGACUGGGUCCAGAACCAAGCCAGGAUCUGAACUGGGAGGAGAACUAGAAGAAACUGAGCCGAACCGAGUUGAGACUCCGGAGGUGGCGACUCCUGAGCCCACACCGGUCCACACUCCACCCCCUGCUCUUCAGACUCCACCCCUCUCUCCUGUAGCCACGCCCACACCCACACCGCCGCUACUCUCUGAUUGGCCCAAUGCAAAUGAGAACCUGCCCCCUGAGCCUGUUGCCACACCUCCUCUCACCCCUUCGGUCACAUGUCCCAAUGCUGAGUCGCCAUUGGCCGAGAGACAGGAAGAAUCAGAUAAGCCUAGGAUCCCCACUCCCCCUGUCUUCGCCCCUCCCCCUGACUCCACCCCUGCUCCUGUGUCCUCCCCUCCUCCCCCUGAGCCUCCCACUCCUCCAAACGCCUCCUCCUCUCCCUCCUCCUCCCCUUCAUCCCCCUCCUUCUCCUCCCCAGGGGCCACUCACUCCGCCCCACGACACAUCUCAGAGGGAGAGUUGUUGCUAAGCCUGCGCCACCUGCAGGCGAUACACGAGGACGGCUGCAGCUUCUCCAGCUCUCUGCACGAGCUCCAGGAGAUGGACCCUGACCCCCCGAGUGAGGGGCAGAUUCACAGCAGCAGCAUUUUACUGAGCUUCAUCACAAAGAUGCAACAAAGAGAGCCCCGCCCACAGCCUGAGGGCUCGGGCUUCUUAGAGGAAGAAGAGGAAGUGAGUGCCGGUGAAAUCCAAGAUGAGUUGAUCAAAGAUGUGACCAAUCAGGAGAGGUCUCCGGGUCAGGCCAGUCCAAUCACAGGGGAUGUCCUCGAGUGGACCAAUCAGAGUGCUCUGUCUGAGGGGGUGCUGACCUCUGACCUCCUGGACUCUCACCUGCUGCAGACUUCGGCUCCAGUCUGUACCCCCAAACCGAACGCUGAUCUGGAGCUAGACCAGGGCCAGGACGCCCCUAAGAACCAGGACCCUCCUAAGAACCAGGAGACCCUGAAGACCCUGGACCAGAACCAGAAUCAGAGCCAGGACCAAACCAAAGACCAGACGAAAGACCAAAGCCGGGACCCAGAGACUCUUCAGAGGAGCAGUCAAGAAAGGGAAGGAGGUGUCUGGGGAGCAGGAGGUGCUGGAGGCGGUGUCUGGGAAGAGGGUGGUCCUGGUGUAUUGACGGUAGAUGUGUUUGUGCCUUCACCAGAUGAGGGCGCUGUAGCGUCCGACUCCUCCAGUGAUGUUUUCUGA